AUGUAUGAUAACGCCCUUCUGGGUAUCUUACAAAACGAGGGAAACUUGCCAAAGUUUAUGGAUGCCAUAUUUGGAUUUUUGAUGAGAAGGUUUGUUGCGCAACCUUUAUAAAGAUGCUCUACAAAGGACCGACUUAUUCUACAUCCGGACACCGGACUCAAAAUCAACUUUAGGCUUCCCUCCGAACGUAGCCCGCAGGAUUGUUGCGAGCGUAUGUUCUGAAUCUGUUUUUAAUUUUGGCCAGUCUUUUGAAAAGUACAAUACUAUGUUCCAGACUUACGAGCAGCAGCAUCAGAACGCGGUCGGUGCCAAUGCAGAAUGCAGUUCAGGUAACGCGUUUUUCACCUUAGAACGUGUUCAAAAGCAGGGAGUACACCUCGGGAUCCAGAGUCCAAAGAUGCUAUACCGAAGUCAGCCAACAAACGUCAAACCAAGCCAAAUAAAGAUGACGCGAACGACCCGGGAACUUACUCUAGGUAAUUAUUUUGACACCUUAUCUUUUUAGUGUGUCGAAAGAUGGUGAACGCUUUUACACUGCCGAACCCGACUGCUAUAACGGUGCCAGGAGAGAUCUUUAUUCCUGGAGCCAAUCUAUUAAGGACCUCGAUAUCCGUGUGAAGGUAGUGUCGAUCCAUCAUGCCUUGAUGUAUCAACUCAGAUACCUGACUCCGUUACUUCUAGCAGAGACAUAACUGUCAAGAUUGAUCAGAAACAUCUUCGGAUUGAUGUAAAAGGAAGCUCGGAACCUCUAAUUGACAAGGACUUUUUGUUUGACAUCAAAAAACAGGAGGCCCUGUGGUCUCUUGAUUUGGACGAACGCCACGUAAGGCUCUAAUCAAACUUCUGCUAUUCAUAAUAACAUUGCUUCAUACCACCAGCUAUUAUUGUCUCAGGGCCGAACCUGCACAUAAUGUAUUUCCUUCGAAGUGAUUUCAUGUACCCCUGUCACUGUAAAUGCCUUGCAGAUUUUCGUAGGAUAUUACGUAUAUGGUUCGCAUUGUGGACUUUGGCAUCAGCGUUGAUGAACCAUCCGAACGCUCUCUCAAAUAAGUUCCUAGAACUCUGCAUGUCUCCAUCAAAACUUGACCCUCAUAAAACAGUGUAGCACCUUUGAAAUGCCUGCAUACUUCGCGAACAAUAUCUAACAUCUGAAUAUUGACAGUUCGACUGUCGCUCUCGACAGUGUACACCGUGUGUCCCACAGUGAUGAGCGCAGGACGGUGACUUGCGCGUGGAUUAGUUUAUGAUGAUUGCCAACUUGCGCAGCAUCUGCAGCCAUCACUCCUUCCCCAUCUAACUGGAUCCAUUGACAAAGCAGUUACGACGACCGGAGGCGGGCUCAGACGCUGUGAAGGGCAAAUAUGAUCGACCGGUAUAGGCGUGCCACGCACAACCUGAUCUCCGUACAAUGUAUCUGGUUUUUCAGUCGGUAUUUGAGCCGGUUACACCACGUGCACAUACAGCACUGACCGCAGGGGUCGAGUUGCUCAAGCAGUUAGAAAACCCCCUAGAAACAACUUUUAACUCUUUGUGAUAAAUUCAAGCGCGUCAGCUCUAUAAUAUUGAAGAAUGCGCUGAGGUGCCGCGAGGACGGAGUCUCUAAAAUACCAAAUUUAAAUAGGGCAUCCAUCUCCACAAAACGAUAUGACUAUCUUUGCACGAUAACAAAAAUAAACUAGAAUAACAUUUCCUUCUGCGUGUAAUUUAUGAAUACGCCUGCAUAGGUGCGGUUGAAAGCCUCUAAUCUACUAGGAGCAAAUUUUUCUGAUUACGCCCAUCGUUACCCACCUUCGCAGCGUCACUUAAGCAUUUUUUUCCAUUUGAAAGUAUAUCAGAAAAUUGUUGUUGGUACCUCAAGAAUUCCUCUAUAGGCUUCAUGCUUCAACACGCGUCACUAUGCCAUCGCGGUGCCGCAACUGAUCGUAGUCGUUUUAAUUGUCCGAAGUACGCUGGUGGUUUGCCACCAUGGCGAGUUCCUUUGCGAAAUGCUGUAUGUCUUGUCUACAAUGGGCAGAAUGGCAGCUGAAGUGACCCUUAAAACCAACCCCAAGAUGAAGUUUAUGAUUUCAGAUUUGUCUCACCAGGAUAUCUAUCUUGCCACAACAGCUAGAAAAACACAUAGACUAAAGGGGUUUCCGCCACCUUGGGUCGAACUUUCUGCCAAACGGGUGAUAUAAUAGCCAAGCGGGCUGUCGGAUCAACUAUGCCCACUUAGCCUUUGCCUAGCUUGCCGGCUAGCCUUUUACUUAACAGCUUUCGCACCUUGUGGAUGCAUGUAUUGGGAAAUUCAGGAUGGCCUUUGUAUUGGCAAUGGUUAUGCUGGCCAGAUAUUUACCCUGCGGUGGAUACGAAGACGUAAUUGUUCUUAAUAAACAAUUAUUGUCUGAGUUCGUAGUUUCGUUGCAAUGUCGUACUCAGCCUACAGAAAUGCCAUCUAAGGGGACUUUUACUUUCACGCCAUAAAAACUCCCUCACUUGGUUAGACUACUACCAACUCGAGCAAACCAAGGUCCGGUCAUCCGAUGAAGAAGUCGAAUAGUUCACAGUUCACACAGACGUUCCUUAAAGCUGCGAAAAUCCACCGGUCCUCUCUCACUAUGCGAUGCAUUCGGUUUUGGUCAUUGCAUCUCAUGCUUACACAGCCGUCUCAGUUGAACCGAGCGUCAUUGUCACAGACACUAUGUUGACGAUCGCCCCUUCGCUCACUCCCAAGACACGCAAUCCCCCUUGACCACAAAGUGAUACAUAUUCGCUCUGGCUUAGACUGAAAUCAGAUGCAACUGUAACCUAGGGGUUGCUCAGCAGCUUCAUGCUAUAAAAUAUUUCUCUUGCCAACGCGAUACUCGAAUCGGUCGACUCUUUGUCUGCCUCUGUCCUCCGUUGUUAACGACUUGUAAAUAUCAGAGCUUCAACUGUCACCACUUACACCUAACACGUAGUUCGUCUCCGGGAACAUCUCUGGCCUUGCCAUAACGUUCGGCAAAUGACAGAGGGUCGAGUCUGUGAGGCCGCGUUCGAAGCUGCGUUUAACUACGAUUGGCUUACUAAACUUAAGAGUGCAUAGUGUUUCCAGAAGCUAUAACACCCUCGGCCGAAGAACCAUGCCUAAGACGCGGGAUUCUACAAAUGAUCGUGGGCAUCGUGCCAGUCAUGUUUUGGAGGAUUGCUCUAUCACAUGUUCUGUCAAUCAAAGGGCCUCGUUUCUGGUCCGGACUUGCGCCGCCGACGUUCCGAAUAGCUGAGAAAGCGGACAAGUAUUAUUGAGUCCACAGACGCUAGAGUUGGUGCGCUCAAGGGUUUUCGGCGUUCGAAGGUGGAACGCAAACUUCGCAGCAACUGUUUUAGGGGUGUCCGCUGAUUUUAGUGAACGACAACACGAUUCCCGGGGCAUGAACGCUGGAACUGAUCAAGUCAGUAGUGGUGCUAUCCACUACAGUUGUGUAUGAAACAACCGGCCAGUGCAGUUUUCUUUGUUUUUCGUCUCCGUAUUUCUCUUCGCUUUAUUUAGCCUUACCGUCUUUGUCGCUGUGAGUAAAUAAAAGUAUGCCAUAGCCUUAAGCAGUCUGCACCAGUAGCAAUCCACUUACGAUUGCUAGUUAUUUGCCCCAUAUAUUAUCACCUGAUUUUAGUUUUGCUGUUUUCCUUCCACCUGAUAGAUCCUCAUCAACCUAGACAAGGUGAGCGAGUUAUGGUGGGAGGCGGCUUUUGUUGACGAGGAAAAAAUCGAUGUACAGAAGAUUGACUGCUCCCGACCAAUGCACGAACUGGACGAAGAGUCACAGGCCAAGAUUGCUCAAAUGCUCUUCGACCAGGAACAGAAACGGUUGGGCCUACCAACAUCGGAAGAAAAGGUCAGUUGGCGAGUCACACAUUUAUUUUCCGAUGGUCGAGAUGUAUGUGGUGUGAACGGGGGGUUGUCAUUUAAUGCAUAGACAGUCACUAAGUGCCGAGCUGAACGAGUGGUCAUCUGCCUCUGACCCCACCUUACACCUGGUUGCCUCUUGUUGCUCCAUAAAGGUGCGUUAGGUCCAGCAACUAUCCCCAAUAGCUGGGACUUUUGUAGCAGUACCAGCGGCGCUCUUUGUACAGCCUUCCUUCUAACGCUUCAUUUUAUCCUCUUCAUCAAAUUAGACGAUGGGCGGAAGAAGUCGGGUCAGUCGACCCCAGUCGAUUCUCAUGCUUGCCAGAGUAUCGUCAAAGUAACUAUACAAUGGAUGCGCUGUCUCGUGAAGUGUUGACCGAAAUUCUCGAAUAUGUUUUCGACUCGCAAAGACUACUUAACUAGGGUUUUAAUAUUAAAUAUCGUGUAACAUACUCCCGAGAUCUUUCAGUCGCACCAGUAUGCCGGUUCUUGAAUGAACUUCUUUUUGGCCGUCUGCAAAAACAACACCCUGCAAAAAAUGACUACUCAAGUAAUACAAAUUUGUCCCCUGACUAUCGAUUUCCUGGUAAAUUCAAUUAUAUUUUAUAGAAAACCCGCACAAAAAUAUUUUGUGUGUACUCAGUUGGUAGCGAAUCGCGUCAUCUGCAGUUUUUUUUUCACUUGAAGAGAGAGUGUCUUUUGGUUUUAAAAAUUUUCUAAUUAUAAGAUUUUUAAGACGUGAAGUGUCCAUUCAUGCAUCAUCGCACCCAGUACAAAGUGUUCUUUGCCGAUUGCGUUUCUUUCACUGGCCCACCGAGCUGGGUUGCAGCAGAGCACCUCGGUCACCUCAGAAGUUUUUAUGGGAAUCACGGUACUGUGUUCGGACAUUUUUUCAUGAUCCUGAAAGUUUUCUGUGCGAGUCAACCCCAAAACCUAUGUGGCUUGCUGUCUGUUUCACUAUUUUUCGCCAACAGCCUGGUUUAUUUGGGUCUAAACAUAGGACACCAACAGCAAGAAAACCUACAUCAGGCCGAUUCACGGUUGCCAUGUCACAGCUAUGAUCAGGCAAAACGACAUUUUUGGGCAUUCGGUCUGGUGACCCUCGACGCUUUUCGCUUUGAUCGAGUCCAGCCUGUUAGUCCGCGGGCGCCUAUUCGCCAAGCGUCAAAUUCGGCGUAGCUCACAGUUAGACUAAGCUGAAAGCCGUCCCCAUAUUCACCACUAGUGGUCUUUCCGAAUGGCAAGCAGAUAGGCUAAUAUACGGAUUUCGGCUAUCGAUUAGGCCGGAAAGAAUUUCCUGCAUUGCUUUAAGACAAGCUGAUCGAGGUGGAAAUAUAAAAUUCUUCGCUACCAGUGGUGAAAUGCAUUCCUGAGGGUGUUAUGGUUAAACAAAAGCACAUUUAGGUGGGGCAACAGAAAAGGAAUCUAUCGUAUCUGGCCUGCCUCAUGAAGUGCCAACCUAGAUUCUAAAAUGUAUUCCUGACUAGAAAUCCUUACAUGGAUGGUGUUGAUUAUAGCGCAACAGUCACGCUGGAAUGCCGGCCUUUGAACGAGUUCUUCCUGGCCGCCAGUAAAAACCGCGCCCGGUACAAAAUGGCCACUUAAGUAAUAUGGAUGUUCUUUAUGGAUUUUCGAUGCUUUUAUGAAGCAGAAUGGUCUUUGAAGCAAAUACGCACAAAGUGCUCUUGAACCUUUUCGGUAGCAAAUAAUAUCUUUAAAUGUGUAUUUGAGGGGACGGUAUCUUCUGUCACAAUAAAGUUUGUAAUUACAAGAUUUUUAAGACCGUCAAAUGUCUAUUCAUACAACCUCCUAUCUGUGCGGUUAUGAACGCUGGUUAUAAAAUGUACAAAAUGGCUCAUCUUCAUUGAAGAGUUUCAUGAACCCCGCCUGUUGUCUUUUUAAUAGUGUAGACAAGUGUAUGAUCUUCCUUACAUGGAAAGUAUACAGCAUGUAGUUGGAAAACCCUAUACGCGAGUUCGGCUGCAAGUGGGACUCAAAAUUACUCGGAAAUUUGAAAUGUUUUAUGAAAACUAAAUAUACCCUUUCUUUAAGUAUAAGAUUUUAAAAAGACACACUUUGCCACUAAAUGAGUACAAGAAAGAAUAAUUUGCGCAUAUUUUCAGCAAGGUAUACUUUGAUUUAUAGGAGCAUCGUAAAGUCAACCGGGACAGUCCAUGCUACUUACGUAAUUGCUUUUUGUCGGGUGUGGUUUUUGCAGGCGGCCGGGAAGAAACCCAUUCUAAAGCUGGUGCCCUGGCUUAGCUUGAAUAUCUUGGGAUUGUGGUGUUCGAUAAUCAAUUUUGCAACCGCACCUGUUUAAUCCUUUCUAAUCAAAACCACAUUGAAGAAUUUAAGUUAGCAUUUCUUGAGAUAGGCCAGGUCGCAUGUCGGUGUCACCUCACGUGUUUUUAUACAUUUAAACACUAACUACUAGAUCGUUUAAACAAAAGACGCCAAAUAACUCGGGCUGGAGUGACCAAGAGCUGCCAAAUUCCCAUUUACAGGAAACUGGCAAGCCAAAUCUAGCCUUCUUUAUGUUGGUUUGCAUGUGACUGUAUGGUGUCCUCUACUGGAAGACUAGUUCGGAGUGCUUUUCAUGAUUGCGCCCACGGUAUUCUUGCCGCGGUUAUAAAAGCACAACUAGUCAGUAAAUGCGGUGCCGCUUUUCCCGAUGAAGCCGCUCUCAGCAACGGAAACAACAGUCCCACAAUCUAAUCCACCUGCUGUCCUGUCUUCCGUCACUAAAAAUCUGCCGUGACCUACCUUGCGUGUCAUCGGGUGGCGGAUAGUAGAAGAGCCGCAAAAUGAAGGCACUUGGCUCGGACAAUUAUGCAGUCGGGGACCAACGACGACAGUGCUGCUAGGACAUGGAGGACACCGCCCUAUGGCACACUAUAAGCUACUGCACUGUCGCAUUGUAACGUGGUAAUGAUGAACCACUUUUGUAUUCAGGGUCCUUUACCACCUCUGUGUUAUGGUUAGGUUCCAACAAAUCAAAAUGUCCAACACUGAAAAAUCCAGAUGACCAUUUGGAGAUACACCUUUGCCGAACAUUCACACGACACCUUAAUAAAACUGAAACCGGCUAGUCCAGACGUCGUCAACUAUAAGUUUUGAAGUUCCUGCCAAGCCCACCCUGCGCAUAACCAUGUAUCACCAUUUGCUUGUAGCCUGACACAGAGAGUAGCAGAACUCAUUAAAUAUCCACCGAAAUUUUCGAAAAGAUUUUGAUGGAAUGUUGAUGGAGUGGGGUGGUAUUGUUAGCUAUCAUUGAACCCCAAAUUUAUUCCUGUAUGCUAGCAUUCGAGUGUCUGAUUGUGAAUAUUUUGGCCAACCCGUCUUGAUUAAAUAUGGCAAAGAAUUGCUGCUUAGCUAGUGUGCAUUUCAGCCAUCGUUUUCUUCAUUUUAUAAAUUGUAUCAUGGGCAAGUUUCACAUCUUGUGCUGGUUGAUAGGCGCUUGCUCCUUUAAACUUAGUACCAAAAGGAGGGCUGAUAUCAAGUUGAUGAAAAAUGCAAGACCUCGGAAAUGUCACAAUUGUUUGAAGAAAAAUAUAUGUACUGUUUACUUUGAAGGCCUUGAGAAAAGCGAAGAUGCAGGUAUCCAAAUGUACCGUAUGCCAUCUGAAAAUUCAUCCUAUUGUUCAGUUUUAAAAACUAACCAAGAAUUGGAAGUAUACUCACUAAAGUUAAAAGUAUACAUCGUCAUGGCCCACUAAUCAGCCUGUCCACUUUGGGCCACAAUCACCGUUUCAAAUCGAGAAUGAUACUUAACCCUGUUGUAGGCGCUAACGUAUUGCUUUUCACCUUCGAAAUGAAUAGCCACGGAUAUUUCAGCUUCGGCUGUUGGGACUUGCAGGUCUUUACCUGGCCAUAAGUCCGGAUUGAGUAGUUCAGGUGGUUGAGACGACUGGAGCUGGGUGGCCGCGUCCUCUUUGACCAGAACUUUGGGUUGUCUUAGCCCUGUGAAGAAGGGCCUCAUCCUGCAUGAGAAUUGCCUCCCAAAAUGUCCGAAUAGUUUUGCUGUGCUCAAGAAAUGACGCAGGACGCCGGACCGAGGUUCAGAUGCUGCUCGGCCUUGGGAGGACGAGAAGAAUUUUGAAGCCAUUUGGAACUAGACCGAACACCCAUUGGAAUGGGUGUCUGCCUUUGUUUUUGUUUCUGACUUUGCAGGAACUUGGUGUUAUACUUAUCUAUCCUGCUCCUAGAGGCCUGGUCGACACCGAAACACUUCUGGUUUGUGAAAGGCAUGAUCGUCAAAAUAUUUUUGCUUCGUUCAAGCCCCAGACCCCAAAUGCCAUCAAUCAACAGGGACUAUUUAUUUCUGGCAAAAGCCAAGUGGUUCUAAAUGUAUGCUCGCGGAGGAAUUUUUAACGCCACAUUCCAAUAGACGAAGGAUUAAAAAUGUUAACCAUGUUCCUGUAAAAUUCCGAAUUUAUAUAAGCAUCGAAAAUUAGUGCUGAGUAUCGUAGAUCGGGACGCUAUGUCAGAAAUUUUUGUGUUUGACCCCUGAGGUUGUGUUUUGGGCUUUUAAAAUGCCUUAUUAGCACGUUGCUCACUUCUCCUUUUCUUGUUGCCCUGUAUUUUAUACGGCUUUUCUCUAGAAAAUUCAAGAAAUGCUUAAAGGAGCUUGGAAUAAGGACGGUUCACCCUUUAAGGGGACAAAAUUUGAUCCGAGCGUCAUUGACGUUUCUGGUGCGGCGGGACCAGGUGUUAUGCCAAUGCCUCCGAACCCUCCAGCUGCCUCUUCGUAG